CCACCAAAAAGGUGGGAUAUCCAUCAUCCAUCACCUAUGUGAUCGAAAUUCGUGUCAUCGGAGAUAUCUAAAAAUCAUCGAGAAAGUAGUUUGAAAAGUGAGAAGAUCAAUGAGGAAUCUGACGGCGUUAUUAUUAACGGGGAUUGUUCUUUGUUGUUCUUGCUUUGUUGAUGGCACUGCGGCAAGAUCACCAGGAAGUCAUGGACUACCAAGACAAGAAAAUGCGGUCGAGAUCAAGAUGGUCAAAAAUGGAGUUGUGUUGGACAAUAAGCUUGUUCAGAUUACUUUUUCUAAUCCUGGUGGGGAUGUUAUUGCAAUAAGUUAUGGAGGAAUUGACAACCUGCUUGAAAUUAACAAUGUCGAAGGUGAUAGAGGGUACUGGGAUGUGGUUUGGGAUAACGUCGCAGAGACAGUACACACACAGAACAAACUACCGGGGACACAGUUUAAAGUGAUCACGCAGAGUCCGGACCAAGUAGAAAUAUCUUUCAUCACCACAUACAAUGCCAACCUCCACCGCGGCGAUAACGGCGUGACAGUUCCGGUGAACAUUGACAAAAGGUACAUUUUGCAGCGAGGACGUACCGGUUUCUAUACCUAUGCCAUCUUCGAGCGGCUUCAAGGGUGGCCAGGAGGGCGCAUGGAGACCCUUAGAGUGGCUUUCAAGCUUCAAGGAGCCAAGUUUCGCUACAUGGCGGUAUCGGACACUAGGCAAAGGUUCAUGCCAACAGCCCAGGACCGAGCACGCGGUAAGCCACUUGCAUAUAAAGAAGCUGUUCUCUUGAACAAUGAGACCAGCAGUCCUGAAUUUGCAGGGGAGGUAGAUGAUAAGUACCAGUACUCGGCUGAGGACAAAGAUAUCAAGGUGCAUGGUUGGAUUUCUAUGGCACCACCGGUGGGAUUUUGGAUGAUCACACCUAGUGACGAGUCUCGUAUGGCUGGUCCUUUCAAGCAGGACCUCACCUCCCACGUUGGUCCAACUAGCAUGACUGUGUUUUCUUGUUCUCAUUAUGUUGGGAGAGAUGUUGGGUUGACGUUUCGAGAAGGUGAGGCAUGGAAGAAGCUUUUCGGACCUGUCUAUGUCUAUCUUAACUCGGCACCUCCAAGCUCAGAUAGUCGUUCCUUGAUCCGUACACUAUGGAACAAUGCCAAGGAUCAAAUGGUUCAAGAAGUUAAAAGUUGGCCAUACAAUUUCAUUAGUUCUCAAGACUAUCCUCCUUCAAAUCAACGUGGAUCGGUUUCAGGCCAGUUACUAGUAAAUGAUCGAUACAUUCCAGGGAUUUGGGUGGCAAGUUCGGCUUAUGUUGGAUUGGCUGCACCCGGAGAAGUUGGAUCAUGGCAAAAGGAAAGCAAGGGAUACCAAUUUUGGACUCAAACUGAUGCAAAAGGCAAUUUCUUCAUUGAACAUGUUAGACCCGGGCACUAUAAUUUGUAUGCAUCUGUUCCAGGGAUAGUUGGGGACUACAAAUAUGAAGUUGACAUUAUAAUUAAGCCGGGAAGUAAAAUCCAAUUGGGUAGUAUUACUUACCAACCUCCCAGGAUCGGUCCUACAUUGUGGGAAAUCGGCAUCCCUGAUCGCUCAGCUGCCGAGUUCUACAUACCAGAACCAUAUCCAACUCUCACGAACAAGUUGUACAAGGGAAGUGAGUUGGACAAGUUUAGGCAAUACGGUUUGUGGGCACGUUAUAAUGAGCUUUACCCUAAAAAUGACCUCAUUUACAAAGUUGGUGCUAGCAAUUACCGCCACGACUGGUUUUAUGCUCAAGUGUGCAGAUUUGUAGGAAAUAACAAGUAUGUAGGAACUACAUGGCAGAUACAGUUUGAACUCAAUGCUGUCAAUCCCGGAAUCUACACACUUCAACUGGCAUUGGCAUCUGCCACUUACGCAGAGUUGGAAGUUCGAGUUAACAAUGCGAAUGCCAAGCCACCUCUUUUUUCAACAGGGCUAAUAGGUGACGAUAAUGCUAUAGCAAGACAUGGAAUCCAUGGUUUAUACUGGUUCUGGAGUAUCAAGAUACCGAGCACUUCAUUACACAAAGGAAGCAACACAAUCUAUCUUACUCAGACAAGAGGGGGCACACCUCUCCAAGGAGUCAUGUAUGACUACAUAAGACUAGAAGGACCUGCUGAGAAACCAUAAUCAUAUAAACUAUACCUAGCCAUACAAUUUUUACCCCAAAUUUUCUUCUUUUUCACAAAAGUCUUAGAACUGGGAAAGAAUCAGCUUGUUCCUCCUUGUUUUGUGACUCAUGACUUGUGUGACUUAUCUGUACCAGAACUAAAAUUAUAAACUCAAAUGAAGCAUCUUUUACUUUAUUUUUUCUU